CUGCGCUUUACUCAACCGAACUCAAACCACCAUGUUGUGGCCCUUGCUACUGCUGGCUACGCCUGUCGUUCCCUCUCAAAUAUCUAUCUUCUCUCCUACCCUAGUUGACGCCCUCAAUGCUGAUCCUGACUACACUUCUUUACUUCGCUUACUCCAACGCGCGCGUUUGAUCCCGACGCUGAAUCGUCUCAACGGGAGCACGUUUUUCGCACCCACGAACGACGCCAUCCACAAGGACGAUCUUUGGAAUGCAGCUGCUCACGAUGACGCCUUCAUCAUGACCGAUAAUAUCCAGGAGAAGCUUAGACAGCAGCUUUUCUACCAUAUCAUAAAUUAUACCGUCCCUGCUGUUCCGGACCUCCCCAACCCUCCUCAAGUCUUAAAGACCCUCCACUAUCCGCACUCUCCUCUAGAGCCACCCUCAAAGGACCCCUCGCCAAAUCCCCCAUGGAUGCCGGUACCAGGCGGAUCAUUGGGAUCAGAACCUCAGCGACUGCGAGUGGCCGUUCGGGAUCAAGGCGCCUGGGUUGGAGUAGAUGCUUUUGGUAAGGGUGGAGUGGAGAUAGUAAAGGGGAAGAUUGACGCAGGGAAUGGGAUACUUCUCGGCAUCAACGACGUCCUCGUGCCCCCACCCGACCUCGCACACCUCGUUGCCGAACAAUCCUCGGUGUCCUACUUCCACAAGAUCAUUACGCCCGAGAUCGCUGCAAUUCUUAAUUCGACGUCGGAACUCACACUUUUCCUUCCCGUGGAUACUGCGUUCCAAUCCCUACACGCUCUGGAACGGUUGUACCUCGAGAGCGAAUUUGCCACAGCCGAUCUGGUGCGCAUUCUGAAUGCGCACGCCGUCGUCCGAAAGACGGUUAAAUGGUCGGAUACCUUUGAGCCCUCCACACAGUUGAAGACUAUUGGUGGAGGCGUUCUGGAUAUAGUCGUGACGCCAGAAGCGACUAGGGUCUCGGGAUCAGAACUAAUUCAGCCGGACAUCUACGCCUCGAAUGGAGUCUUGCAUCUCGUGUCUGAUCUACUAGUGGACUUGGAGAUCACUCCCGAGAAAUCGCUGCUUGCGCUCAACUGCACAUCCUUUGUGUCUCUCCUCCACUCUGUCAAUCUCACGGGGCUCGUGAAUGACACGAAUGCCAAAUACACCAUCUUGGCCCCUCGAGACGAAGUUUUCGCGCUUUUCGGCAACGAGGACAUUCCAGAACGGGGAUCCGAAGAGCUAAAGAAGCUGUUGCAAUACCAUUUCCUUCCUGGCAAAUGGCAGCCGAAGGACUUGCAUGAUGGAAUGCUCUUGGAAACCGCUUUGGCCGAAGAGGGGCUCGAUGGGGGCCCACAAGUUCUCAGCAUUGGGGUUUCGUCGUCCGACAAGAAGAAGGAUGAGCGGUCGAUCAAAUUUGGAGGUGUCGGCGUCCUUGGAGAGCCGGUUCCCUUGAACAACACGCUGAUAUACUUCGUUUCGCGUCCACUGGUCCGCCCAUCAGAUGCGCUGGAGGCGCUCUUGCCUCUUCAGGAUCUCUCCUUGUUUGUAGCUUCGGCUUUUUCGGCCGCAGUCGCAGAGAUUUUGAAGACGACCGCCCGAACUUCGCUCUUGGUCCCGCACAACUCGGCUUUCAAGCGAUUGGGCGAUCUCGUGGCUGCGCAUCUGCUGGCACCGUCGUCGAAGAAGGACCUGGCCAGUGUUUUGCUGCACCACACGCUGGAUAGUGUAGAAUAUGCCAAGUCGCUAAGGAACGGCUCGCACACAUUUGCCACGCUGGAAGGAUCCGACAUCCAGCUGGAGCGUGUUGCGAACGAGACCUUCAUCCACGCUAGUGGCGGCUGGAGCGGAAUCAAGGCCCAAUUGUAUCCCAGUGACAUCAUCACCCAGACUGGAGUAGUGCACCAGGUGUCGGACAUCCUCAUCCCCCGCUCCGUCGAGCUCACUGUGGGAAAGCUGAUAAAAGCAGCUGAUGCCACAGCCAUGGCCACAGUUAUCAGCAAAGCUGGCAUGGAUUGGCUCAUGGACGGAUCUCCACCUCCGCCAGAAUGGGCCGAUGAGCUGGGUUCCGCCGCCGGCUUUACGAUCCUGUGUCCUUCGGACGAUGCGUUCAGCAGCUACAACCUGUCGCAGCUCUACAACGACGUGCACGGGAUCCGUGAGCUGGUGCGCCAGCACGUGAUUCCCACCCCGGGUGCGGCGUCCGCGAUGGUGGUGAACAACAACCGGCCGCUGGUCAUGGAGGACUCUGCGUCGUAUAGCACGCUCCGCUCUGGAGCCUCUGCCUACGGCGACAUCGUUUUCAAGGAAACCGACGCGGGGGGUUAUGUUGUCGGUAUCAAAGGAGCGAGGGGGACCAAGGGCGACGAUGAUUCGGCCAAGGUCCUGUCCUGGGGCCGAUCGACCACUGGCGGGGGAGUCGGCGGUGUCAUUCUCGUCGACCGCCUGAUUGUGCCGUACAACCCGCCGUGGUGGGUCGAGUACGGGGGGCCCGCUUUCGUCGGCGUCUCCGGCAUCAUCGCCAUCCUGCUCUUCUUCUACGGCGUCCGCGUUUUCUGGAGGAGAGACUUCACACAGGCCACAUACGAACCUUCUGACGCGCCCUCUAUCGAAGAAACAACAACGUCGGCUGUUGACUCAGUCAAGUCCUUCAUCGCUGGCGGUUUCGGAGGUGUUUCUGCUGUCCUUGUCGGACAUCCUUUCGAUCUCACCAAGACGCGUUUACAAACCGCAUCCGCCGGAACAUAUACCGGUGCUAUCGACGUAGUGAAGAAGACAGUGGCCAAGGAUGGGCUCACUGGCAUGUAUCGAGGCAUGGUGCCUCCCCUGCUCGGUGUCACGCCAAUUUUCGCGAUGUCCUUCUGGGCAUACGACGCUUCCAAGCAGAUCAUCCUCUCGGCAACGCCAGACCGCAAGUCGGACAAACUGUCCACCGCUGAGCUGGCCACCGCAGGAUUCAUGUCUGCCGUCCCGACCACACUCGUCACGGCGCCCGUCGAGCGCGCGAAAGUGCUGCUCCAGGCGAGCUUCGUCCAAGGACAAGGAGGCUCAGAGCACAAGUACAAGGGCGUGUUCGAUGUCAUGAGGCAUUUGUACAAAGAGGGAGGAUUGAAGAGUAUCUUCAGAGGAUCGGGUGCCACUCUGGCCCGUGAUGGCCCUGGAAGUGCUGCCUACUUUGCUGCGUAUGAGGUUACGAAGGGGCUUCUCACACCUGCAGGCGCAUCAUCCUCUGAGCUCAACCUGGGCGCCAUCAUCAUCGCCGGUGGCACGGCCGGAGUAGCCAUGUGGGCGCUGGCCAUCCCUCCCGAUGUCCUCAAGUCGCGGCUGCAGUCCGCACCGACCGGAACAUACUCGGGGAUGAUGGAUUGCGCGCGGAAGACCAUCGCGCAGGACGGAGUGAAGGCGCUGUGGAAGGGCUUCGGUCCGGCCAUGGGCAGGGCCUUCCCCGCAAAUGCAGCCACCUUCCUUGGCGUGGAGGCAUCUAGAAACCUGAUGGACAGAUUUUUCUAAAAUCUGGGUAACAACAGGCCCUCUGCUACGGUCAGUGGGCCCCAGGAGGCUGAACUGCACUACCAAAUCAGCUGUUCUGAGCGUUGAUUUGUAUACUAUAUCGGACCAAGGUCCACCUAAAUUUGGAUAAAUUUGGAGCUUUUUGUAGUAAUUUGAGCCCAGUUCUGCCCAGUUUCGUCUUCUCCGA